AUGCCAUCCCCCAGCGAGUUGGGGUUGAAGUCAGGAUCAAAACAGCAUCCAGACAUCUAUCGAGCGAUCCGAGUCUACCAACUAAUCAACCAGCUCCGUAAUCGGCUCAAACCGCGCGUACGGGGAUCCAUCAGCCGUAUCGAAGGCGUUAGUUUCCAAGACCUCGCAAAGGAUGCCGCUUCCAGCACCGAAGCAACCCCGCCAAGCAAGGUCCCAGGAGGAACCAAGAAAUCACGAAGUAUUACUCUGGAACCAGCUCACCGAGUGACCAAGUCUCGAAACUGGCACCCCGAGAAACGAUGGGGGGAGAAAGCGUUCCAACUCAAGGACAUGACAACCAACCAUGACAUAGGGGAGUCCUUCCUAACUAACCCUCGCGGUGGCUUUUUGAAAGAGAUCGAUGACAAGGGAAAUGGCUUCGCCCCCGAAGCGCUACGCGACAUCGCGUCCGAUGACAAGCGCUUCCUCGAUGUCCUCGCUAACGGAAGCGGGGGCCAAUUGUUCGAGAACUUGAGCCUGUUCAACGUCGCCGACAAACUCGGCCACGUCGAGACAGCCCUGCUGUUCGUAUACCAGCAGGCCGUGGGAGACAAGCUAAGCGACUCGGCGCUCGCCAACCUGGAGCACUUGCUACGGAUCCUAAGCGACUGGUUCAUCAGCUGGAUUGAAAAGACAAUUGUCGAGGAGUUCAAAGGCCGAUGCAGCUCCUGGAUGGCAAGACUCAAGGCGGUGGGCAAGCUCGGCGGCGACCUGUGGUGUUCGGAGUACCGCAACAAUGAACGACCGAUCAGCACGACGUGGCCGUGGAGUAUCAAACCCGCGUUGGCCGUACUUUGGGGAGUAUGCUGGCAGUACUACUGCCCACCGGGCGGCGCAAUCGGCCAGUUGCGGACGGAGGGCCCAUGGGGUGGUGGCCACGUACGCACAACGCAACAACAUAAUGGCAGUGUUUUCGCAUCGAAUUAUUCGAACACCACUCCACAACCAAUACGGCCUGAGGCAAACUCGGUGACUUUCCCGUGGGAGCCAAGUUUUUUCGGUGACCAACAGUUUCAUCAUCAUCAAGUUGUUGAAGAACCCAAUCCAACCACCGGAAUUGAGGGUGUAAUCAAUUCUGCACGGACCACACGUGACACCGAAGUGGGGCUGACAGUGGCAACCGCUCAGGCCGUCAUUCCCUUCCCACCAAUCCACGCCGACUUCUGCCUUGCUGCCCGAGCUGGAAAUCUGCCUGAGGCGCCCGCUAUAUCAUUCAACGAUCCCCGGUGGCAUCAAGAGGAACGAAACAGCAUUGCUACUCGUCGUACUCAUAUAACCGCGUACUUCCCACAGCCAAAUUACGCACCGUAUUUGAGUUCUCGGUCACCUCGAGAGGCGCAGCAACAUUCCUACAUUUGUUCCAAUUUGUAUGACGCAUCGACUCCGGAGGCAUCAAUUCCAGUGAACAGUCAAAACCUGAGCCGAUCCCCUGUGAAUUCACGUUCUAUAAAUUCAAGAAGGAUGCCUGAAACAGCCGUCGCAACUGCGACCAUGGGUCUUCAACACAACAUCGCGCCCGAGCUGCAGCAAAUGACCGACCCGGCUCUGGAUCACGCAAACGCCGCACAGAUUCCCAUUGACGAGAAGUUACUGAGCCGAACUGGUCAAGUUGAUGCUGAGGAAGAGAUCGAGCACAUGGACGACUCGGCCAUGUCACCUGGUCAGAACGAACCGUUCAGCAACCGUCGAGGUUGGACGUACAAAAGAGAAGGAGAACCUCCGAAGAACGAGCAGAACAAGUUCAUCUGUGCUCAUCCUCAGUGCGCGCACCUGAUGUUCGAUCGCAAAUGUGAAUGGGGAAAACACAUGGACAAGCAUGAGAGGCCCUACAAGUGUCGUGAGACCGGCUGCGAGAAGCUCCAGGGCUUCACCUACUCCGGCGGGCUGCUUCGCCACCAAAGAGAAGUGCACAAGCUCCACGGCGGCACCAAGAUCACUAUCUACUGCCCCGAACCGGCGUGCAAGCGUCAUCACGGCCCUCCGUUCACCCGCAAGGAGAACCUCCAGGAGCAUCUCCGCCGCGUCCAUCGCCGCGAAUCCGGCUCCAUGGGCGGCUCCCCCGGCCUCAUCGACGAGGACGGCAACCCCGACACCUCGCACAUGGUCGACGAACUCCAAGCAAGCGCCGCGGCCACCGACCCGAAUAUCGAGCCGAACCUCGGCAAGCGCCGCCGGACCGACGACGGCAAGAUGAACGGCUACCACGCCGUGCAGUCGGAUCAGCAGAGCGAGAUCGAGCGGCUCAUGGUCGACAACGCCGAGAAGGACUCGCGGCUGCGGAAGCUGGAGCUGGAGAACUCGGAGAAGGAUCAUCGGCUGCACCGGCUGGAGGAGCUGGUGGCCCAGUUGGGGACGAGGACGGGGCUGCACGCAUAA